UGCCGAAACUUUGCGAUGUAACUGUCCCCGAUGGCUUAAAAGCUAAGCGUUCAACAGCACAUAUUCCUCCGAGGGAAUCAUGCGCCCAUGUCUUGGAAACAUUUGGGAUGCCGUGGAGUCGCUAUCCUUUUUCUGGCUCUUGCUAAAUACCGAGACGCUCCUGGUGAGAGGACAAGAUGGUAGUGGCUGCGGACACACGGUGCUGGGUACGAAGAGCGGCACUCUGACCUCCCUGAACUACCCUGGCACGUACCCCAACCACACGCAGUGCGACUGGAGGAUACAGGUGCCCCAGGGCAGGACCCUGCGCCUCUUCUUUGGGGACUUCAACCUGGAGCCUAGCGAGGGGUGCCGGGCAGGGUCCCUCACCAUCGCAGACGCCAAAGGAAGCGUUAUAUGGGGCCCAGUAUGUGAGCAUUUGGACGCCGCUGGCAGGAACGUGACGGUGAGCAGCAGCGAGGUGACAGUGCGCUUCGUCUCCGGCACGCACCGCUCCGGACGAGGCUUCCUGCUUUCCUACUCCACCAAUGAGCAUCCAGAUCUCAUUUCAUGUCUACACAAAGGGACCCACUUUUCUGCAGAGCGCUUCAGUGUGUUCUGCCCUGCGGGAUGUAGGGACGUGAAAGGAGACAUCUGGGGACAGGUGGAGCCGGGAUACAGGGAUACAUCAGUACUGUGUAAAGCUGCGGUGCAUGCUGGCGUGCUGUCCGACAGCCAGGGGGGUCAGCUGCGGGUCUUACUGGAGCGAGGCAUCACCCUCUAUGAAGCCAGCUUCGCCAAUGGAGUCCUCUCCAAGACGGGCUCGCUAUCAGAUAAGAGGCUGGUGUUCGCCAAAGACUGCAGCAGGCAGCUGGCAGUGUCGGCGUACAACAUGUCCACGGUGUGGGAGGACACGGAUGGUCUGGGCCGGAGCCUGUCCUGGAUGCCCGGCGCCAGCGACCCCACGGGGAAGCCCCUGCAGUGGGCCGCAGAAGCCACCGACACCCAGCCCUGGCUGGAGGUGGAGCUCCGGGAGAGGAGCACCGUCACAGGAAUAGUUACAAAAGGAACAUCCAGAUUCUACAUGGAGUCUUAUGUGCUGAUGUACAGCAAAGACGGCAAGAGCUGGAAGUCCUACAAGACUGCACCAAAUAAAGACAAGAAGGUGUUUGAGGCCCACUCUGACGGGCAUGUGGCGGUGCUCAACAGCCUCUUCCCCCCGGUGGUGGCGCGUUACCUGCUGCUGCGCCCGCUUGCCUGGCACCAGAGGGCCUCGGCAGGGGUACAGGUGCUGGGCUGCCCCAUAACGGCCCGUGGACGCUCAGCGAACCCCAAUAUGCUGCCUCUACCAACAGAGAGACUGCCUUCAGAGCCCAAUACCACCAAGAGCCCAGUGCUAGUCGAAACAUCGGACCAGAGCUCUGGCCAGCCAAUGGUGGUGGCGGUGGGCGUCGUCCUAGGGCUGCUGCUCUGUGUGGGCUGCUUACUGGCAGGCCUCUGGUGGAGGAAGAGAAGGAGACCAACUCAGCUGAAGAAGUGCUCUCUGGAUAAAGAAGACCAGAGCUUCCACAUUAAGACUCUUCCUGCUGUGGAUUCGGAGUUGCUGGCCUACCCUCUUACCCGCAACGUCCACGAUGCUCUACCCAACCCUCCCCUCAAUGACUAUGCAGAGCCUGACGUGCUGUGUAGCGGUGGCUCCAAGCUCGGCUCCACCUUCCGCCCCCUGCUGGACGAAGGCUACACUACGCCGUUCGCCCACAACCACUACGACACCCCGGGGCGGCUACCCGAAUACGCCGAACCCUUACCCCCUGAGCCCGAGUACGCCACCCCCUUUGGAGAGCCCCCGCUGGACCCCUCUCUGCCGCCACCUCUGGCCAUAUCGCAGAACAGCAUGCACCUGGCGUCGGCAACAUCGCCGCAUGGCCUGAAGAUCGUGCCGGGAAUGGCACGCUACGACAGCCCGCCACAGAAAGGACUCCAGCUAGCAGGCGGCUACUGCAGCCCGACAUCGCUGGCCAGCGGGCCCCAGCGGAGGGACAGUGUGGUGUAUGCUGAACCACAGCCUAUAGAGUCACUGCUGAAACACACCUACCAUGAGCCACUCUGACCCUAAACACACACACACACACAUACACACACAUACACACCAAAAACACCUUUGAGACAACAACAAGUGAGGGAGUUGCAUGGGGCAGGCAUGGGCAGGCAGACAGGCAGGCACACUCCCACACACCAAUAGUGGACGGACUUGGCGAGUGUUGGUGGUGCUUGAGGCUACAAACACACCACACAUGAAGAGCAAAUAACAGAGAGAGAGAGAGAGAGAGAGAGAGAGAGAGAGAGAGAGAGAGAGAGAGAGAGAGAGAGAGAGAGACCCCACCGCAAGGGAGGACGAGAGAGAGAGAGUGAGAGAGAGAGAGAGAGAGAGAGAGAGAGAGAGAGAGAGAGAGAGAGAGAGAGAGAGAGAGAGAGAGAGAGAGAAGAAGGUGAACCCUACCACACUGUGAUGGCUGCCCUGAAGUACUAGGCCACGUAGACUGCUUGACACCUACAUUUACCUGUGGGCUUAAUAAAGCAACUCUACUCUUU